AUGGCUGACCUUGAUGAGGCUAUCGAGCUCCAUCGGGAUGCAUUACUCCUCCGUCCCCCCGAUCUUCUUGUUGCUAAAUCAUGGGCGGCCUUCGCUGACACCCUCAAUCACGCAUCUGCAUUGCUUGCCUAUAAGACUGCAUUGAGAUUCCUGGAUCAGCAAGUAGCUCUCUUGUCGCCUUCUUUCCAUCAUUUCGACGUCAUCAAGGAGGCUGUUUCUUCCCUUGCCACAGAUGCUUUUUCAUGCAGCGUUCGUCAACAUGCACUGACGACUGUGGUGGAGCUGGUGGAGCAAGGUCGUGCAGUUUUCUGGACCCAGUUGGCACGCUUCAGCACACCGCUGGAUGAACUUUCUGUUUCAGGUGACACGGGCGCGGCCUUGGCAGAAGAGUUCAAACGGUCGAGUUUUCGCAUUCGUAAUGCGUUUGAUCAGUCUACUGAAGACCGGUCUUCACAAAUUCGGCAACUGACCAUGCAAUGGGAUGACGUGGUUUCACGGAUCCGCAUGCUUCCCGACUUUUCUCGAUUUCUCCUGCCUCCCCUUUUCUCGGACCUGCAGAAGGCGGUCCUGUCAUCAUUGUCAAUGCUAACCGAAGUUGUUGAUUUGUCCUCCGAGUUUCAGUCCCUUACAAAAGAAUUUGGUUCUUUUGAUACUAAACUCCAGCUUGUCAGCAUCCUUCGUAAAAUUUGGCAUAAGGUCGUUGGCCCCGUAGUACAAGCCCUUAGGGUGUCAAAUGUUCGCCCUAAUUCGCGCAUCUGGUGGUGUCCCACUGCUGAGUUCGCGCUGCUCCCUCUACAUGCAGCAGGAGCUUAUGAGAAGAAGAGAGAUAGUUUGUCUCACAUAUACAUCUCCUCGUACACCCCCACUUUGGCGACACUUGUUCGUGCAAGACGGCAGGUUUCUCGAGAUGCCUCUCCGCAACAUUUUGUUGCCAUUGCUCCCGAGAUAGCCGUUCUCACCAAGCGUCUCGCGCCCGUCGUGUCGUCCUUCACGCGGCUCGAGGACAGCGAUGCAACGGUCGAGGGUGCAUUUGAUGCGUUGAACCGUAACCAGUGGCUUCACAUGGCCUGCCACGGAAUGCCUAAUCGACGACAACCAUUUGAAUCUUCCUUCGCAAUGCGUGAUGGGCUGUUGAUGAUCAAGGACAUCAUCCGAUCCAACUGGCAGGACCCGCAGUUCGCAUUCUUAUCGGCUUGCCACACUACCGUGGGCGAUGAGAAGAGUCCUGAUGAGUCGAUCCAUCUCGCUGCUGCAAUGCAAUUCUCCGGAUUCCGCAGUGUGAUUGGUUCCAUGUGGUCCGUCGACGAUGAGGUUGCACAGGAGGCUGCGUCUGGGUUUUACGAGAAUCUGAUCGACAUAUCAGGGAGAUUGGACUGCACGCGCGCUGCAAUGCCAUUGCACAAGGCUUUGAAGAAAUUGCGGCGCAGUGGUAUUCCAUUGGAACAGCAGAUUGUAUUUGUUCACAUCGGUGUGUAG